GCCGCCCCUCGGCACCACCCCCCUCUCCUCGACGCUUGACUUUAAGUCCGCAGGAAAAUACAAGCAGGAUUCAAGUCUCAUCGUACACCUUGACAACCAUACAUUUUACUCGUCAUCGUGCGAAUCUCAGCCCAGCCGACGAUCUCACACUCGCAAAUGUCUAAGCAGACAACAUUGAACACACGAAGUGCUAUCAUCCAAGUCUUCGACGGCUUCAGGAAUGAACUCGAUGACCACAACGACAGGAGAGAACGCCUCAUCAAGUCUAGCAGAGAUGUCACCAAUCUCUCCAAGAAAGUCAUUUUUCUCUUACAUCGCAUCAUGACCGAUGACGCUUCUCCUGAGGACCAAGAUGACCAUGCACGAGCGGCCCGUGCCGUAUCCAAAAGUCGUGACAAGCUAAAGGAGAUCCAAAAUCUUUUUGCUGGUUUCAGCCAUGAACUGCAAGGCGAGCGCUUUUGGCGAUACCAAAGAGCCGUGUCUCCAGGAUUACAGGAGUAUAUCGAAGCAUUGAGUUUCACAUACUACCUUGAAACUGGCCGGCUCAUUUCAUAUCAUGAAGUCCAGAAGACUUUAUCGGAUGCGGAAGGUAACAAUUACUUCCCUCUUUCCGUAGAAGAUUAUUUGCUCGGUCUUUCGGACCUGACUGGGGAACUGAUGAGAUACGCCAUUUCAUCAAUUCCUCGUCGCGGCGGUCGCGCGAAGGCUAACGAAGUUUGCGCAUUUGUGAGGAAUUGCAAAGCAGACUUCGAGAGCUUCACGCCAUACAUCAGAGAUUUGAGAAAGAAGCAAAACGUGACUUCGCAGUCGUUGGAAAAGAUCGAAGAUGGUGUGUACUUGCGUGUCUUCAGACAUCUAUCAUUAAAAGUCCCUUGUUAUCUAGCUGCUUAUGCAGUUGCGGUGCGAAGUUCUGAGUAUGAUCUCCCGCCCGAGAUUCUUGACGAUCUCGUGUCGCGUACUAUGUCCAGCGCGUUCGGCGGCGACCACGGUGGAAGUACUCGCAGAAAACGGCCUCGUGAAGACGACCAGGAGGGUAUGGAGUACAACGACUGAAGAGGCUGAUCGCCUUCGUGCUUGUUUGAUCAACGUGAAAACCAUGCUGUAGAUGUACGUUCGGUUGUAUGAUUAUCUGCGAACACGAGGAUGAGGCUGUAUGAACAUAGAAUUUCCUCUUGCACACGCUGUUGUUGGAAUACUAGCUUCGUUCUCUU